UUGAACAGGCCCACUAUGGUACUUACACGACGUGUACUGCAAGGAGGAUCGGUACACUACACUUAUCCAAAGAUGGGCCGAAUGCAAACGCUUUUUUAUAAAUCAAGAUCGAUCGAGAUGAAAUCGCGCAGCUGUAGCCUGUAGCUCGACACUUGAAUAUUCGCCACGUGGCAGAACGAAUUAAAGAUGCAACCUAACUACUAACAACUUGCGUUAUGUAGCGCGCAAAAACCAACGCAGUAUUCCAUUUCCAUGGCGUCCUUCUUCUUCGUCGUUGUGUUUGGAUCUUUGGGGGUUUACACUCACGAUCUUCAAGACUCAGCCCCUGCAAGGUAAUGGCAAAUGUUGCCGCACUCCGGUACUCUCUGGUAUGUUUAGCCGCAAUUCUAGUGGUUGUUGGGGUGACCACGCAGUCUUUCAAGAAAACGAUGGCCACGUACCUGGUCGGUGUGCUUGGAAUCGCUGGGGUGCUCCUACCCGAUUGGGCUUACUUCGAUCGCGAUUUCUCAAGGUGGACUUCUCCUGUUACUGCACAAGAAAGAUCUGGAUCAACAAGGUUUAGGAUCUAUCCACUGAGAACAGCCAUCUACACGACAGUCUAUGGCUUAGCGCUGUACAAGUGGUGGAUAUUUGUAUCAAGCUAGUAGUAACCUUGGGGUUCGCAUGGACCAUGGUCCCAUCAUCAAUGCUUCCUUAGUUUGGUUUAUUCAAAUGUAUUCUUGGGGUUUGCAAGAUUCCAUGUAGUACUAAAUAUGCAGCUUGUGAGUGUUAAGUGUCAUUUUUUUUUUCUCA